AUGGGGACUGAAGAUACUAAAAGAAGGGUCUCGUGGCUCUGUUGUAAAAAGGCGCAAAAGGUCCUGGAAUUGAAGGCCAUAAAAACCGUAUGGGGUAAUGUUUGGACCUUGCACUUGUAUCUAUCUCAUCAUCCAAAAGAACAGAAACGCGUCAUGGAGAGAAAACUGAGUUUACUGAGAAGACACCAAUUGGGAAGAAGAAAGCCUCAUUUCAGCUGUUAG